AUGGCCAUAGGUCUUGCUGCUGGCUCUCUGGGCUCGGAAACGGAUGGUUCCAUUGUUUCUCCAAGCAGCAAGAACAAUGUAGUGGGCUUUAAGCCCACUGUAGGGCUGGUUUCUCGAGCAGGAGUGAUGCCUAUCUCAUCACAUCAAGAUACAGCUAGGCCAAUGUGUCGGUCAGUUGCGGAUGCAGCCCUCCUACUCUCCGUCAUCGCCGGGCCAGAUCCUCGAGAUGAAGCCACGUUGCACCAGCCCGGUGUCCUCCCUGACUACAUGAAAGCGCUUGAUCCUAACGCCCUGAAAGGCAAGCGACUGGGAGUGCCGCGGAUGUUCCUCCGCGAUGGUGAAAGAACCUUCCGGGCACUCGGUGCGGAGAUCGUAGAUCCAGCUGACUUGCCCUGUGCCGAGGAGAUGAAAGUGUCGCAAGCAGAAUCGCUUGUGCUAAAGACAGACUUCAAGGUCGAUGUGACCAACUAUAUUUCGGGGUUACUCAAAGUUCCGACUGGCGUAAAGAACCUCGCGGAUUUGAUCGACUUCAACAAGACUCACGCGGAUUUGGAACUCAUAUCACCAUACCACGGCAAUCAGGAUAGGUUCAUCGAGGCUGAAGCAACGGAAAAAACCGAUGCUUAUUAUGCAGCUCUGGCUGAAGAUUUCGAUCUAGGCCGUACACGAGGCGUUGAUGCAACUCUCCAAAAAUACAAAUUGGAUGCAAUCAUUCUUCCUGCUGACGGGCUCUCCUCAAAACCUGCAGCAAUUUCUGGAUACCCUAUAAUCUCGGUUCCGCUGGGCUUCCAGCCAGAUAAUGUUGAGAUAUUGCCAUUGCCCGCUGCGCCACUGCACACACAAGCUCCCGGGCUUCCUUUCGGAAUAGCCUUCAUAGGCACCGGGUACAGCGAAUUCAGUCUUAUUAGCAUUGCCUAUGCAUUUGAGCAGGCUACGCAUGCCCGUCUGAAAAGAAGGGCCUAUGCUGAAACAAUUCCUGCGACACAGAUCAAGGACGUGCUUUCAGCUUGA